AUCUAAAAUAUUAAAUGGAUUGUCUUUUUAAUUCUUUAAACAUAAAUUCCUUCAAAUUUUCUUCCUUAUUUUAACAAUCCAAAUUUUUUUUUAAAAAGAUCUCAAUAAUUUUAGCUGUUUAAUAAUUGAAUUCUAAAGUCUUUUCUGGGUAUCUAAUCAUUUAUGAUAAACUAAGUUCUUUUAAACAAAUUAAAGAAAUAUCUCCUUAUUAGACAUGAUCCGUAUUUUUAAUAAAGCACAUUAAAGUAUUUUCUGGAUUGUUAUUGUUUUAAAAUAUUUGAUUACAUUUUAUUUAUCCAUCACACCAAUACUAUUUGCUUUUGCUUUUCUAAAAUUUUAUAUAAAUAAAAAAAUAAAAAUUACUUAAAAGUUUCUGAAUUUAUAUAUAAAGUUGGAUUAUUAAAUUUAACUUUAAAAAGUUCAUUUUUUAAGGGAAAAAGCCAAGGAUCUAAACAAAUAAUCGAAAAUAUCUAUUUUGGAAAUUUAAAUAAUAAAUAUUAUGCAGUGCAACCUCCAAAAGAAUAUCCCAUACUAAUCACUUUAUCUAAUUCUAAAGAAACAUUUUCAUUAAAGAUGUCAUUUAUUUAUUAUUUGUCAUUUAUCAAAUUUAAAACUUAUUCAAUUAUAUUAAUUCUUAUUUCUAAUUCUAAUUAUUUAAACUCUUUAUGUUAUUGAACUUUUUCGUUUUAUGAAUCCUUUGUUAGUUUUUCUUCAAUUAAAAUAUCAUUAUGUUAUGGAGCAAAUACUAUAUAACUAUUUUUUUAAAUGUUUAUGAAUAUAAAUAUAAAAAAUACCCUAAAGAAACUAAAUGCUUAAUUAAGAUAGAUUAACUGUUUCUUGAACAAAUAUAUCCAUGCGAAAAAAUAAUAGGGAUAAAUGUCUUUUUAGAUUAAAUCAGCUUAGAAUCGGACUGAACUUUAAUAGAGAUUUUUCUAUAAAAGGAAAUAAAAGGUAGUAUUAGAAAUUUCGGAAUCUUAUGCUUUGUGUUUAUUUUAUGAAGAAUAUUUUCCCAAUAAUCGAAUUAGAGCAUAUAUUAAUCUUUACUUAUUCCAAAUUCCUCUGUUGGAUAAAAUAUACUUACAUAAGUAUUGCUUUGUUUUAAUUUGUAUUCUUUAAAUCCUGUUUUGAUUGUUUGAUUUUCAGUUAAUUUUGUUUCUAGAGGUAAAUCAUAAAUUGGAAAUACAAAUUGGAAUAAAAAAUACAUGGAGGAAAAUAUAAAUGAUAUUAUUAGCAUUAUUUGAGAUUUUUGUAUAAAAUUGUAGAUUACAAGAAAUAUGAAGGAUAUUAAAAAGAAUAUUAAGUUACCCCUAUUUCCUUCUUGUAUUGUUUUUAGAGU